GGUAAACGAUAAAGCAUUUAAGUUUUCAAAUGCCAAACGAGAGAAGCCUCUGCGAAAGAUCAGCUUUAGUGAUAAGAUGAAGAAGAUAAAGGUAACUAACAACCCUUCAGCAUACUACCAGACUGCAGGGAAUGGCUUUCAAGCUACAUCAACUAAGGAACUAAAGAGGAACAUUAAGAACAACACAAAAGGAUUUGGAAUCAGGAUUAGCCGGAUUCCUAGGCAUAAUGACUCCCUCCACCGUACUUCUAGUGAAGGGAAGAACUCGUUGUCAACUUCAACGAGUAUGAUUUACAAGAAUUCUUUCUAUCAGUCGAGCCAGAACCAUAGAAGAGAGAUGAUGGGCAGGAAGGAGUCUAACCACUCCUAUUCUACUUAUCUUAACAACCAACGCAGUGCAAAGAGAAGGAAGAUAAAAAGUAGGGAACAGAAAGGAUUACAAAUCAAAAUAACUAAACUUAGCAUUAUGAAUGAUCCUAUCGGAUCAAGAUCGAAGAAGAGGUUGCUCCCACUCUCAGGUGUAGGGAUAGGCAAGAGGAAGAAAUAGGAUAGU